GGUGGUGGGGGUUGUUCUUUGUGUUUGCUUGACUGUCCGCAGCGUGGCGUGCGCUUCAAAUAAAGCAUCUGGGACAGCCUAAACUAAACAACAACACAUUUUUUUCCCCGCGAUUACUCCAAUUUAACCUUAUUGACUUGUAGUUAUCUUGGAACAAAAUGUCUGCGGGGUAUGAAUCCGGGUUUUCGAGCGAGGAGGUGUUGAAUGUGCGUUACCCGCUGCACAGAGCCUGUAGGGACGGGGACGUCGGCGCUCUCUGCUCGCUCCUCCAGGACUCCGCCAACAAAACAGACCUCGCUACCGAAGAUUCCUUCUACGGCUGGACGCCAAUACAUUGGGCAGCGCAUUUCGGAAAGCUGGAGUGCGUGAUCCGCUUGGUGCAGGUGGGGACUGGAAUAAAUGCCACAACAACCCGGUUUGCCCAAACACCUGCCCAUAUCGCUGCUUUCGGUGGCCAUCCAAACUGCCUAAUGUGGCUGCUACAAGGCGGAGCUGACAUUAACCGUCAGGAUUACGUGGGUGAAACUCCAAUCCAUAAGGCAGCUCGGUCUGGGAGCGUGGACUGUGUCAAUGCUCUUUUAUUGCAAGGAGCAAAAGCACACUUGAGGAAUGCUAGUGGCCUGACUGCAGCAGAUCUUGCACAUGCCCAGGGUUUCCAGGAAUGUGCACAACUACUGUCAAACGUGCAGAAUCAGCUCAAUCAGCUGAAUGGUUUCUAUACCAAUGGGCCGUUGAGUGGAGUUCACCAGAGCACUGUCUCGAGGGUUCACUUCAAUGGUGGACCCAGAAAGCGAUCGCUUGAAUACCUGGAGUCUGAGCUAGUGAAGAAAGCUAGAACUGAAGGUCUGGACUUACCCAUGAAGAUGUAUAGAGGUGCAGAGGAAGAGCUGGAAAUCAUGCAAACCGAAUCCGAGCCUCCAGUCAUUUCAGGUGCACCUUUAGCAGCAGAUGUGAGCCACAAUGGCUUGCCAGGACAGGUGAUGGGAAAUGGAUUUGCGACAAAUGGACACGUCCCUCAACCACAGCUCAAUGGAAUGGAAGCUGAGCCAGCUGAGAAUGGCUUAUCCAUCAAGUUCCUAAACCCUGACUUGGGAGCAGAAAAUGGCUCUCAAGCCCCUGAUAUGUGUGGAGCGCUGCACCUUGGUGGAAGCCCCAGUAGCCAUGUGUUGCACAGGCCUUCCUGGGCACCAGCCAACCCUUAUGAAUGUGGAGAUCCAGGAGACACACUGCAGUAUGGACAUUAUCAUGGGUUUGGAGAUACUGCAGAGAGCAUUCCAGAAGCCAGCAGCAUGGCUGAACACUCCAGUUCAGUUAAAGUAGAACAGCGGUAUAACAAUGCUGUCUACAGCGCCAUGCACCUCUUUCACGGUUCCUAAAAGCAAGGUUUCCUAAGUCAAGAUCUUGCACAGAUUACUGUGUGAUCCUCUAAUUUAACAGUUACACUUUAGAUGGGCAAUGCUUUCAGUGGCUGGUUCCUUAUGUUUAUGGAAAAAGUAACAAAAAAAAGUGAACCAUGCUUCAUAAGGGAAGGGGUUUUUUGCAUUAGUUCUUUGUUUACUUUGAGAAGUAGUUUUUUUUUUUUAGAUAAAAGGCAAGAUACUGGCAGUAAAAGUUCCUUAAUUUUCCUUCAGUUAAUUAUUAAAAAGGGAAACCUGCCAAUUUCAACGUUUUGCAUUGUUUGUUUGUGUGUGUGUGUGUGUUUUUUUUUUACAUUGCAUUAAAAACAAGCAGUUGUAAAUGUAAUUACUUAGUUUAAAAUGGUAGAUAUGAAAAGUUAAAAUCCAUUAUAUGGGUCAAUGUAAGUUAUCUUUUUUAUUCUAAACUAAAAGCUAUAUUUGAACAUUUUCUAGCAUAUGAAAGCUUGAGAGUUUGCUAACAAAUUUAGUCAAAGUUUGUCAAUACUGACCAGAAUGACUACAGUAUGUGAUUACAGGGUUUCUUGAAUUUGUGCAUGCUAUGAUGGUUGUUAAACUGAAAAGGUAUUCAAGCUGCCAGAGUAGGCUGUAGCACUUACACAGCCUGGGUUUGAUCUGUUAUUAUUUUAAUUUUUGUAGUUUGUGUAACUGCUUUCAUUGCUUACAAAUAAAAACAGUAUU